GAGGGCGGGCUCUAAAGAGGAAGCGGCCAUGGUUCUCCAGCGUUACGCUCUCCGCUUCACCAUCAGUGACGCUACGCUGGACAGUCUGCAGCUACCUAGAACCACUACUAUUGACCAGAACCCUGAGUCUAGAACCAAUACUACCAACCAGAACCCUGAGUCUAGAACCACUACUACUGACCAGAACCCUGAGUCUAGAAUCAUUACUACUGACCAGAACCCUGAGUCUAGAACCACUACUACUGACCAGAACCCUGAGUCUAGAACCACUACUAACAACCAGAACCCUGAGUCUAGAACCAUUACUACCGACCAUAACCCUGAGUCUAGAACCACUACUAACAACCAGAACCCUGAGUCUAGAACCAUUACUACCGACCAGAACCCUGAGUCUAGAACCACUACUAUUGACCAGAACCCUGAGUCUAGAACCACUACUAUUGACCAGAACCCUGAGUCUAGAACCACUACUACCAACCAGAACCCUGAGUCUAGAACCAUUACUACCGACCAGAACCCUGAGUCUAGAACCACUACUAUUGACCAGAACCCUGAGUCUAGAACCACUACUAUUGACCAGAACCCUGAGUCUAGAACCACUACUAACAACCAGAACCCUGAGUCUAGAACCAUUACUACCGACCAGAACCCUGAGUCUAGAACCACUACUAUUGACCAGAACCCUGAGUCUAGAACCACUACUAUUGACCAGAACCCUGAGUCUAGAACCACUACUAACAACCAGAACCCUGAGUCUAGAACCAUUACUACCGACCAGAACCCUGAGUCUAGAACCACUACUAUUGACCAGAACCCUGAGUCUAGAACCAUUACUACCGACCAGAACCCUGAGUCUAGAACCACUACUACUGACCAGAACCCUGAGCCUAGAACCAUUUCUACUGACCAGAACCCUGAACCUAGAACCAUUACUACUGACCAGAACCCUGAACCUAGAACCAUUACUACUAACCAGAACCCUGAGUCUAGAACCAUUACUACUGACCAGAACCCUGAGUCUAGAACCACUACUACCGACCAGAACCCUGACCCUAGAACCAUUACUACCCAGAACCCUGACCCUAGAACCAUUACGACCGACCAGAACCCAGAACGAGCUGGAAACGGACUAGAGGCCAGGCAGGCUGACACAAAGCAAGAGCCCCGAGCCCCCAAACAACCCCAAACCACUGUCACACACACCAAACACACACGCACCAAACACACACAGCUCCAAACCCAAAACCCACAACACACACACACACAAAACCACUCCACGCAAUGUCAACACACACUCCCCCCUCCCAUCUCCCCCCCCCACCGGCCCCUCCCUCUCCUGACAGCCGAGCCCUACUGCCAGCCCUCAUACCAUCAGCCUGGACUCAAGCCUGUUAAGGUAAGGACAGGUAGGGGUAGGUAGAGAUAGGGGUUAGGGGUGAAGAGGAAUUCAGAGUCCACAGACACAGAGACACAUUGUGACAUAGCUCUUGAGACCACCGUCUGCGGGGGACGCACAGCACAAACGUGCACCUCCCCAAAUGUCCCACCCGACGUGGCUCCACGUGCACGUCCUCUAUUCAUUUGAAUGGGUUGACAUUUGGAGAAAUUGCUUAAGCCUAGACGCUUUAGGGGCAAGGGAAUUACAACUUUUUCAGCCGGGACCCCAUUUUCUUCGACAGAAUUUCUGGCAACCCCACACCACCCCAAAUCUAAUGACACCCCGAAUCACCACAAAUGUAAUCAAAUCUGUGUCUUUAGAUUUUUACGUCAACAAAUUUCAUCAAUUCAUUACAUUUUAAUUUCUCUUAUCAAAACUAAGACCACCAAUAAAUACAUUCACUCAAUAGAAUGUCCUGUGUAGCUCAGUUGGUAGAGCAUGGUGCUUGCAACACCAGGGUUGUGGGUUCGAUUCCCACGGGGGGCAAGUAUGAAAAAUGUAUGCACUCACUAAAACUGUAAAGUCGCUCUGGAUAAGAGCGUCUGCUAAAUGACUAAAAAUGUAGAAUUGUACUUUUUACAUUUUGACCCCCCCACCAAAAAAAGUUUGGUUUAUUUAUUUAUUUUCCUUAUACAUUUGGUGACCCCACUGCAAUUCCCCCGUCGCUCCCCCAACUUUGAUUACCAUUGGGGAACAAAAGGUAACCUCUCAUCACUCUGUCUACAGGUAGAUGGCUUGGUGAGGUAACCUCCCAUCACUCUGUCUACAGGUAGAUGGCUUGGUGAGGUAACCUCUCCCAUCACUCUGUCUACAGGUAGAUGGCUUGGUGAGGUAACCUCUCCAUCACUCUGUCUACAGGUAGAUGGCUUGGUGAGGUAACCUCUCCCAUCACUCUGUCUACAGGUAGAUGGCUUGGUGAGGUAACCUCUCCCAUCACUCUGUCUACAGGUAGAUGGCUUGGUGAGGUAACCUCCCAUCACUCUGUCUACAGGUAGAUGGCUUGGUGAGGUAACCUCUCCCAUCACUCUGUCUACAGGUAGAUGGCUUGGUGAGGUAACCUCUCCCAUCACUCUGUCUACAGGUAGAUGGCUUGGUGAGGUAACCUCUCCCAUCACUCUGUCUACAGGUAGAUGGCUUGGUGAGGUAACCUCUCCCAUCACUCUGUCUACAGGUAGAUGGCUUGGUGAGGUAACCUCUCCCAUCACUCUGUCUACAGGUAGAUGGCUUGGUGAGGUAACCUCUCCCAUCACUCUGUCUACAGGUAGAUGGCUUGGUGAGGUAACCUCUCAUCACUCUGUCUACAGGUAGAUGGCUUGGUGAGGUAACCUCUCCCAUCACUCUGUCUACAGGUAGAUGGCUUGGUGAGGUAACCUCUCCCAUCACUCUGUCUACAGGUAGAUGGCUUGGUGAGGUAACCUCUCAUCACUCUGUCUACAGGUAUAUGGCUUGGUGAGGUAACCUCUCUCAUCACUCUGUCUACAGGUAGAUGGCUUGGUGAGGUAACCUCUCCCAUCACUCUGUCUACAGGUAGAUGGCUUGGUGAGGUAACCUCCCAUCACUCUGUCUACAGGUAGAUGGCUUGGUGAGGUAACCUCCCAUCACUCUGUCUACAGGUAGAUGGCUUGGUGAGGUAACCUCUCCCAUCACUCUGUCUACAGGUAGAUGGCUUGGUGAGAUAACCUCUCCCAUCACUCUGUCUACAGGUAGAUGGCUUGGUGAGGUAACCUCUCCAUCACUCUGUCUACAGGUAGAUGGCUUGGUGAGGUAACCUCUCCCAUCACUCUGUCUACAGGUAGAUGGCUUGGUGAGGUAACCUCUCCCAUCACUCUGUCUACAGGUAGAUGGCUUGGUGAGGUAACCUCUCCCAUCACUCUGUCUACAGGUAGAUGGCUUGGUGAGGUAACCUCUCCCAUCACUCUGUCUACAGGUAGAUGGCUUGGUGAGGUAACCUCUCCCAUCACUCUGUCUACAGGUAGAUGGCUUGGUGAGGUAACCUCCCAUCACUCUGUCUACAGGUAGAUGGCUUGGUGAGGUAACCUCCCAUCACUCUGUCUACAGGUAGAUGGCUUGGUGAGGUAACCUCUCCCAUCACUCUGUCUACAGGUAGAUGGCUUGGUGAGGUAACCUCUCCCAUCACUCUGUAUACAGGUAGAUGGCUUGGUGAGGUAACCUCUCCCAUCACUCUGUCGACAGGUAGAUGGCUCCUCCCCCCUUCACUCCCCACCGCCCACUGAACACCCUGGAGCCAAUCAGAAGACAGAUGCGUCGGCCAUCAGCGCCCUGAUUGGAGGGAGGAACUGUGUUGUUACAACGACCAUCGUGACGGAACUCACCCAGACACACCUGCAGCCACGCCCGUCAGAUAUGCCCAGCAGCACACAGGUGGGGAGCAACACCCACUCUCAUUCAUUUAUUGAUUGAUUGAUUGACAUUUGGUUGAUUGAUUGGAUGAUUCUGAUGCUCUUGGUUCCUUAUUGAUUGAAUGAUUCUGAUGCUCUAACCCUAACCCUUCCUGAUUGGAUGAUUCUGAUGCUCUAACCCUUCCUGAUUGGAUGAUUCUGAUGCUCUAACCCUAACCCUUCCUGAUUGGAUGAUUCUGAUGCUCUAACCCUAACCCUUACUGAUUGGAUGAUUCUGAUGCUCUAACCCUAACCCUUCCUGAUUGGAUGAUUCUGAUGCUCUAACCCUUCCUGAUUGGAUGAUUCUGAUGCUCUAACCCUAACCCUUCCUGAUUGGAUGAUUCUGAUGCUCUAACCCUAACCCUUCCUGAUUGGAUGAUUCUGAUGCUCUAACCCUAACCCUUCCCGAUUGGAUGAUUCUGAUGCUCUAACCCUAACCCUUCCUGAUUGGAUGAUUCUGAUGCUCUAACCCUAACCCUUCCCGAUUGGAUGAUUCUGAUGCUCUAACCCUAACCCUUCCUGAUUGGAUGAUUCUGAUGCUCUAACCCUAACCCUUCCUGAUUGGAUGAUUCUGAUGCUCUAACCCUAACCCUUCCUGAUUGGAUGAUUCUGAUGCUCUAACCCUAACCCUUCCUGAUUGGAUGAUUCUGAUGCUCUAACCCUAACCCUUCCUGAUUGGAUGAUUCUGAUGCUCUAACCCUAACCCUUCCUGAUUGGAUGAUUCUGAUGCUCUAACCCUAACCCUUCCUGAUUGGAUGAUUCUGAUGCUCUAACCCUAACCCUUCCUGAUUGGAUGAUUCUGAUGCUCUAACACUAACCCUUCCUGAUUGGAUGAUUCUGAUGCUCUAACCCUAACCCUUCCUGAUUGGAUGAUUCUGAUGCUCUAACCCUAACCCUUCCUGAUUGGAUGAUUCUGAUGCUCUAACCCUAACCCUUCCUGAUUGAAUGAUUCUGAUGCUCUAACCCUAACCCUUCCUGAUUGGAUGAUUCUGAUGCUCUAACCCUAACCCUUCCUGAUUGGAUGAUUCUGAUGCUCUAACCCUAACCCUUCCUGAUUGGAUGAUUCUGAUGCUCUAACCCUAACCCUUCCUGAUUGGAUGAUUCUGAUGCUCUAACCCUAACCCUUCCUGAUUGGAUGAUUCUGAUGCUCUAACCCUAACCCUUCCUGAUUGGAUGAUUCUGAUGCUCUAACCCUAACCCUUCCUGAUUGGAUGAUUCUGAUGCUCUAACCCUAACCCCUGAUGGGAUGCUUCUGAUGCUUUCUAACCAUAAAAACUUCAUGAUUGGAUGAUUCUGAUGCUCUAACCCUAACCCUUCCUGAUUGGAUGAUUCUGAUGCUCUAACCCUAACCCUUCCUGAUUGGAUGAUUCUGAUGCUCUAACCCUAACCCUUCCUGAUUGGAUGAUUCUGAUGCUCUAACCCUAACCCUUCCUGAUUGGAUGAUUCUGAUGCUCUAACCCUAACCCUUCCUGAUUGGAUGAUUCUGAUGCUCUAACCCUAACCCUUCCUGAUUGGAUGAUUCUGAUGCUCUAACCCUAACCCUUCCUGAUUGGAUGAUUCUGAUGCUAUAACCCUAACCCUUCCUGAUUGGAUGAUUCUGAUGCUCUAACCCUAACCCUUCCUGAUUGGAUGAUUCUGAUGCUCUAACACUAACCCUUCCUGAUUGGAUGAUUCUGAUGCUCUAACCCUAACCCUUCCUGAUUGGAUGAUUCUGAUGCUCUAACCCUAACCCUUCCUGAUUGGAUGAUUCUGAUGCUCUAACCCUAACCCUUCCUGAUUGGAUGAGUCUGAUGCUCUAACCCUAACCCUUCCUGAUUGGAUGAUUCUGAUGCUCUAACCCUAACCCUUCCUGAUUGGAUGAUUCUGAUGCUCUAACCCUAACCCUUCCUGAUUGAAUGAUUCUGAUGCUCUAACCCUUCCUGAUUGGAUGAUUCUGAUGCUCUAAUCCUAACCCUUCCUGAUUGGAUGAUUCUGAUGCUCUAACCCUAACCAUUCCUGAUUGGAUGAUUCUGAUGCUCUAACCCUAACCAUUCCUGAUUGGAUGAUUCUGAUGCUCUAACCCUAACCCUUCCUGAUUGGAUGAUAUGAUGCUCUAAUCCUAACCCUUCCUGAUUGGAUGAUUCUGAUGCUCUAACCCUAACCCUUCCUGAUUGGAUGAUUCUGAUGCUCUAACCCUUCCUGAUUGGAUGAUUCUGAUGCUCUAACCCUAACCCUUCCUGAUUGGAUGAUUCUGAUGCUCUAAACCCUAACCCUUCCUGAUUGGAUGAUUCUGAUGCUCUAACCCUUCCUGAUUGGAUGAUUCUGAUGCUCUAACCCUAACCAUUCCUGAUUGGAUGAUUCUGAUGCUCUAACCCUAACCCUUCCUGAUUGGAUGAUUAUGAUGCUCUAAUCCUAACCCUUCCUGAUUGGAUGAUUCUGAUGCUCUAACCCUAACCCUUCCUGAUUGGAUGAUUCUGAUGCUCUAACCCUUCCUGAUUGGAUGAUUCUGAUGCUCUAACCCUAACCCUUCCUGAUUGGAUGAUUCUGAUGCUCUAACCCUAACCCUUCCUGAUUGGAUGAUUCUGAUGCUCUAACCCUUCCUGAUUGGAUGAUUAUGAUGCUCUAACCCUAACCCUUACUGAUUGGAUGAUUCUGAUGCUCUAACCCUAACCCUUCCUGAUUGGAUGAUUCUGAUGCUCUAACCCUAACCCUUCCUGAUUGGAUGAUUCUGAUGCUCUAACCCUAACCCUUCCUGAUUGGAUGAUUCUGAUGCUCUAACUCUAACCUUUCCUUAUUGGAUGAUUCUGAUGCUCUAACACUAACCCUUCCUGAUUGGAUGAUUCUGAUGCUCUAACCCUAACCCUUCCUGAUUGGAUGAUUCUGAUGCUCUAACCCUAACCCUUCCUUAUUGGAUGAUUCUGAUGCUCUAACCCUUCCUGAUUGGAUGAUUCUGAUGCUCUAACCCUAACCCUUUCUGAUUGGAUGAUUCUGAUGCUCUAACCCUAACCCUUCCUGAUUGAAUGAUUCUGAUGCUCUAACCCUAACCCUUCCUGAUUGAAUGAUUCUGAUGCUCUAACCCUAACCCUUCCUGAUUGGAUGAUUCUGAUGCUCUAACCCUAACCCUUCCUGAUUGGAUGAUUCUGAUGCUCUAACCCUAACCCUUCCUGAUUGGAUGAUUCUGAUGCUCUAACUCUAACCCUUCCUGAUUGUCUGUUAGGUGAACAGCUCCUUGGCAUCGUCAAGGAGAUCAGGGGAGGAGGCGGGGUCUGACUCUUCAUUGCUUAGCAACCAGCACACCUACUCAUCCUCGGUGACAGGUACGAUUACAUUACCCAGAGUUCGUGUUGCUGGGUGAACCAGGUUUAGCGCUAAUGCUGCUGCUGUAGCUAACACACUGUGUGUUUCCCUCCACAGAAGGACUGGAGGGGAGCAGUGUGACUGUGAGUACCAUUAUAGCUCAUCAUUCUCAUUCUAGAACUUUACCUUUAUUCUAGAACUUGACCUUUAUUCUAGAACUUGAUCUUUAUUCUAGAACCUGACCUUCCUUCUAGAACUUGACCUUUAUUCUAGAACGUGACCUUCAUUCUAGAACUUGAUUUUUAUUCUAGAACCUGACCUUCCUUCUAGAACUUAACCUUUAUUCUAGAACCUGACCUUUAUUCUGGAACCUGAUCUUCAUUCUAGAACAUGACCUUCAUUCUAGAACAACCUUAAUUCUAUAACUUUACCUUUCCUCUCCAGUAUACACCUGUCCUCUCACCUCUCCUUUCCUCUCCAGUAUAACACCUGUCCUCUCACCUCUCCUUUCCUCUCCAGUAUAAACACCUGUCAUCUCUCUCAAUCUCCUUUUUCUUCUCCAGUAUAAACACCUGUCCUCCCACUGUCCUUUCUUUCAGUAUAACACCGGGCCUCUACAUGUCCUUUCCUUCUCCAGUAUAAACCUGUCCUUUUCAACCUCUCCUUUCCUCUACAGUAAACACCUGUCCUCCUAUCACCUCUCCUUCCUUCCAGUAUAACACCUGUCCUCCUCACCUCUCCCUUUCCUCUCCAGGAUAACACCUGUCCUCUCACCUGUCCUUUCCUCUCCAGUAUAACACGGUCCUUUUCCACCUUCCUUUCCUCUCGUUAUAACACCUGUCCUCUCCCCUGUCCCUUUUCCCCUCCAGUAAACACCUGUCCUCUCACCUUCCUUUCCUCUCCAGUAUAACCCUGUCCUCACACCUGUCCCUUUCUCUCCAGUAUAAACACCUGUCCUCUCACCUGUCCUUUUCUCUCCAGUAUAAACACCUGUCCUUCCCCUUUUUAUUCCAGUUAACACUGUCCUCUCACCUGUCCUUUCUCUCCAGUAUAACACCUGUCCUCUACCUCUCCUUUUCCCCUCAUAUAACACCUGUCCUCCAACCUUCCCCUCUCCAGUAUAAAAACCUGUCCUCCCACCUGUCCUUUCUCUUCCAGUAUAACACCUGUCCUCUCACCUGUCCUUUCCUCUCCCGUAUAACACCUGCCUCUCACCUAUCCUUUCUUCCGUAAACCCUGUCCUCUCACGUCCUUUUUCCAGUAAAACCUGUCCUCUCACCUCUCCUUCCUCCCCAGUUAACACUGUCCUCCACCUGUCUUCCUCUCCAGUAUAACACCUGUUUCCCCACCUGUCCUUUCCCCUCCAAAUAUAACACCUGUCCUCCAAACCCGUCCUUUCCUCUCCAGUAUAACACCGUCCUCUCACCCCUUCCUUCCUCUCCAGUAUAACACCUGUCCUCUCACCUGUCCUUUUCCCCUCCAGUAUAACAACCUGUCCCUCUCACCUCUCCUUUUCCCCUCCAGUAUACACACUGUUCCUCCUCACUUCCUUUCCUCUCCAGUAUAAACACCUGUCUCUCACCUGUCCUUUCCUCUUCCAGUAUAACACCUGUCCUCUCACCUGUCCUUUCCUCUCCAGUAUAACACCUGUCCUCUCACCUCUCCUUUCCUCUCCAGUAUAACACCUGUCCUCUCACCUGUCCUUUCCUCUCCAGUAUAACACCUGUCCUCUCACCUCUCCUUUCCUCUCCAGUAUAACACCUGUCCUCUCACCUGUCCUUUCCUCUCCAGUAUAACACCUGUCCUCUCACCUCUCCUUUCCUCCCAGUAUAACACCUGUCCUCUCACUGUCCUUUCCUCUCCAGUAUAACACCUGUCUCUCACUCUCCUUUCCUCUCCAGUAUAAACCACUGUCCUCUCACCUGUCCUUUCACUCUCCAGUAUAACACCUGUCCUCUCACCUGUCCUUUCCUCUCCAGUAUAACACCUGUCCUCUCACCUCUCCUUUCCUCUCCAGUAUAACACCUGUCCUCUCACCUCUCCUUUCCUCUCCAGUAUAACACCUGUCCUCUCACCUCUCCUUUCCUCUACAGUAUAACACCUGUCCUCCCACCUGUCCUUUCCUCUCCAGUAUAACACCUGUCCUCUCACCUUCCUUUCCUUCCCGUUAACACCGGGCCUCUCAAACCUUCCUUUCCUCUCCAGUAUAAACCGGUCCUCCCACCUUCCUUUCCUCUCCAGUUUUAACACGGGCCUCCCACCGCCUUCUUCCAGUAUAACAAACCCGUCCUUCACCUGUCCUUUCCUCUCCAGUAGCACCUGUCCUCUCACUCUCCUUUCCUCUCCAGUAUAACAAACCCGUCCCCACCUGUCUUUCCUCUCCAGUAUAACACCUGUCCUCUCACUUCCUUUCUCUCAGUUAACACCUGUCUCCCCUUCCUUUCUCUCCCAGUUAUAAACAGCCUUCCCUUUCCUCUCCAGUAUAACAACUGUCUCUCACCUUCCUUUCCAUAGUAUAACACCUGUCCCUCACCUUCUUUCUCUCCAAGUAUAACAUGUCCUUUACCCGUCCCUUUUUCCGAUAACACCUGUCUCUCACCUGUCCUUUCCCUCCAGUAUAACACCUGUCCUCUCACCUGUCUGUCUUACCCUGUCUCCUCCUGGUUGUUAGAUUGAGAGCCCCAUGUUUAACCUGGCUAAGGUAAGAUUCACUGGGUGUGGACCCUGAGGAUGAGAGGAAACGAAGGAGAUGUGAAACUGGAAGCGGAGAGGGUACUUACAGGUGAGGAAACAGGAGAGGAGAGACACAGGAGAGGGAUACAGGAGAGGUGAUACAGGAGAGGACUAAAAGGAGAGGUGAUAACAGGAGAGGGAUAAAGGAGAGGUGAUAACAGGAGAGAGAUAACAGGAGAGGAGACCUACAAAGGGGAGGGAUAAGGAAGGAGCUACAGGAGAGGGAUAAGGAGAGGUGAUAACAGGAGAGGGAUAAAAGGAGAGGGGAUAACAGGAGAGGAGAUACAGGGAGGUGAUAACAGGAGAGGAGAUAACAGGAGAGGAGAUAACAGGAGAGGAGAUAACAGGAGAGUGAUAACAGGAAGGUGAACAGGAGAGGAGAUAAAAAGGAGAGGUGAUAACAGGGGGAGAUAACCCGGAGAGAGAUAAAAAGGAGAGGAGAUAACAGGGAGGGGAAGAUAAAAGGGGAGGUUGAUAACAGGAGAGGAGUAAAAGGGGAGGUGAAACAGGAGAGGGAUAAAGGAGAUGGAGUAAAAGGAGAGGGAAACAGGAGAGGGGGAACACAGGAGAGGUGAUAACCAGGAGAGGAGAUAAAAGAGAGGUGAUAAGGAGAGGGCUAACAGGAGAGGGAGUAACAGGAGAGGGAGAAUAAGGAGAGGAGACUACAGGAGAGGUGAUAACAGGAGAGGAGAUAACAGGGGAGGGGAAACAGGAAGGAGAUACAGGAGAGGAGGGUAACAGGAGGGGAUAAGGAGAGGAAACAGGACGAGGUGAUAACAGGGGAGGUGAUAACAGGAGAGGAGAUAAAAGGAGGGAAAACAGGGAGGGAGACUACAGGAGAGGAGAUAACAAGGGGAGGAGGACUACAGGAGAGGGAUAACAGGAGAGGGAUAACAGGAGAGGGAUAACAGGAGAGGAGAUAAAGGAGAAGAGAAUAAGGAGAGUGAUAACAGGAGAGGAGAUAACAGGAGAGGAGAAAAAGGAGAGUGAUAAAAAGGAGAGGGAUAAAGGAGAGGUGAUAACAGGAGAGGAGAUAACAGGAGAGGUGAUAACAGGAGAGGGAUAACAGGGAGGAGAUAACAGGAGAGGGAUAACAGGAGAGGGACUCACAGGGAGGUGAUAACAGGGAGGAGGAUAACGGAGAGGUACUACGGAGAGGUGAUACAGGGAGAGGAUAACAAGGAGGUGAUAAAAGGAGGAGGGGGAAUGGAGAGAAACAGGAGAGGAUAACAGGAGAGGAUACAGGGGAAAAGGGAUAACAGAGAGGGAUCAGAAAUUGUAACAGGAGAGUGGAAACAGGAGAGGGAUCAGGAGGAGGAGAUAAAAGGAAGGAGGCUAUGGGAAAACUGGAGGAGGUGAUUAACAGGAAGGUAACAGGAGAGGUGAUAAAAGGAGGGGGUCAGGGGUUGUAGCGGAAGGUACUAGCCCCAUUGGGAAGGAGGUUCGGGGGAGGAUAAAGGAUCAAGGGUUUGGACCAGGUUGAAGGAGGGUUGGGCAAAGGGGUGUUAGCGAGCAGAGGAUCACAGUUGCAGCAGGUUGGACAGGGGGUGGUCAGUGGUGUGUUAGCGCAGGUCACAGGGUUGCAGCCAGGUAUGGACAGGAGGGUGGUCAGGGGUGUUUUAGCGAGCAGACGGAAACACGUUGAGCCAGGUAUGGGACAGGAGGGUGGUCAGGGGUGUUAGGAGCAGAGGAUCACUAGUUUUCAGCCAGGUUGGGACCCGGAGGGUGGUCAGGGGGUGUUAGGAGCAGAGGAUCACUAGUUGCAGCCAGGUAUGGGACAGGAGGGUGGUCAGGGGUGUUAGCGAGCAGAGGAUCCCCUAGUUGAGCCAAAGGGAUGGGACAGGAGGGUGGUCAGGGGUGUUAGCGAGCAGAGGAUCCUAGUUUUCAGCCCGGUAUGGGACAGGGGGGUGGUCAGGGUGUAGCGAGCCAGAGGAUCACUAGUUGCAGCCAGGUAUGGGACCCGGAGGGUGGGGCAGGGGUGUUAGCGAGAAAAGGAAACACUAGUUGCAGCCAGGUAUGGGACAGGAGGGUGGUCAGGGGUGUUAGCGGAAAAGAGGAUCACUAGUUGGCAGCCAGGUAUGGGACAGGAGGGGGUCAGGGGUGUUAGCGAGCAAGGAUCAUAGUUGCAGCGGUAUGGGACCCGGAGGGUGGUCAGGGUGUUAGCGAGCAGAGGUCACUAGUUGCGCCAGGUAUGGGACGGAGGGUGGUCAGGGGUGUUAGCGGCAGAGGAUCACUAGUUGCAGGGCCCGGUAUGGGACAGGAGGGGGGUAGGGGUGUUAGCGAGCAGGAUCAAAUAGUUUCAGGCCAGGUAUGGGACAGGAGGGUGGUUAGGGGUGUUAGCGAGCAGAGGAUCACUAGUUGCAGCCAGGUAUGGGGAAGGAGGGUGGGGGCAGGGGUGUUAGGAGGGAGAGGAUAUAGUUGCGCCAGUAUGGGAAAGGAGGGUGGUCAGGGGUGUUAGCGAGCAAGGAUCACUGUUGCAGCCAGGUAUGGGACAGGAGGGUGGUCAGGGGUUUGUAGCGGAGAGGAUCACUAGUUGGCAGCCAGGUAUGGGACAGGAGGGUGGUCAGGGAGUUUAGCGAGCAGAGGAUCAUUUGUUUCGAGGGAUGGGACAGGAGGGUGGUCAGGGGUCGUAGCGGAGAGGGAUCACAUAUUCGCCAGGUAUGGGCAGGAAUGGUUAGGGUGUAGGAAACCAAUGUUUGAUCACUAGUUGUAGGUUGAAAAAAUGGGUGGUGUGGUGUUGCGUGACGGCCAGUUAGAGGGUGUAGGGGUGGUGUGUGUUUGGUGGGUCCUGGUUGGGUUGGGGGUGGGGUUGUUUGGUCCCCGUGUGUUUGUUGUGGUUGUGGUGUGUUAAUUGAGUGAAGGUAGUUAAAGGUAAAGUGUGUGGUGCGGGUUUGUGGUGUGUUUCCCUUGUUUGGGGCUUGUGUGGAUUGGUUUGGUGUGGGUUUGUUUAUUAGUUUUGGUUGUGUGUUGGUUUUGCAAAUGUUGCAGUUUCCCAAAUUGGAUGUGGUUGUGGGGAGCAAGAGUUUGGUGAAACAGUUUGAAGGAGCGACUAGAGCAUGGGAAACAAUUUGUUGAAAAAAAAAAAAAAUUAACAAAAAGCAAGCCCCGACCACCACAUUGCUUAGAUUAGUGACCCCAAUAGCCUUUUGAUUCCCUGACAAACAAUUAGCUUAAUAAACACACAUUACUUAAUUACGUGCCUUGCUUAAUUCACCAUAGCCUUAGAUUUUUGAAAUUAGCUUUCAUUUUUUGUCUUCUUGUCAAACCCUGGAAAAAUAUUUUUUUUUUUUUUUUGGGGGGGGGUUUUUAUCUUAAGCUGGCACACAUCCUUUAUUUCCAAACUAGAUAUUUCCCUUGCCCUUUCUUCUAGAAACUUGACCUUAUAUAGAACCUGACCUUUAUUCUGGAACCUGAUCUUCAUUCUAGAACAUGACCUUUCAUUCUAGAAACAACCUUCAUUCUAUAACUUUACCUUUCCUCUCCAGUAUAACACUUGUCCUCUCACCUGUCCUUUCCUCUCCAGUAUAACACCUGUCCUCUCACCUGUCCUUUCCUCUCCAGUAUAACACCUGUCCUCUCACCUCUCCUUUCCUCUCCAGUAUAACACCUGUCCUCUCACCUGUCCUUUCCUCUCCAGUAUAACCACCUGUCCUCUCACCUCUCCUUCAUCUCCAGUAUAACACUCAUGUCCUCAUGCACCUGUCUCUUUUCCUCCCUCCAACCGUAGUAACUACCUGUCCUGCUCACCCUGUCCUUUCCUCUCCUCCUGUCUGUCUCCUGGUGUGUUAGAUUGAGAGCCCCAUGUUGAACCUGGCUAAGCGUGUAGAUCACUGGGUGUGGAACCCUGAGGAUGAGAGGAGACGACAGGAGAGGUGGCAGCUGGAGCAGGAGAGAUUCCUACAGGUGAGGUGAUAACAGGAGAGGAGACUACAGGAGAGGUGAUAACAGGAGAGGAGACUACAGGAGAGGUGAUAACAGGAGAGGAGACUACAGGAGAGGAGAUAACAGGAGAGGAGACUACAGGAGAGGUGAUAACAGGAGAGGAGAUAACAGGAGAGGAGAUAACAGGAGAGGAGAUAACAGGAGAGGUGAUAACAGGAGAGGAGACUACAGGAGAGGUGAUAACCGGAGAGUUGAUAACAGGAGAGGAGAUAACCGGAGAGUUGAUAACAGGAGAGGUGAUAACAGGAGAGGAGACUACAGGAGAGGUGAUAACAGGAGAGGAGAUAACCGGAGAGUUGAUAACAGGAGAGGUGAUAACAGGAGAGGUGAGAACAGGAGAGACUCCUACAGGUGUGUGUGACGCGUGCAUUUGUAACAGCCCACUUUAAAUCUCGCUGAUGGAGCAAUCCAAUUAUAUCCUUUUGUAUAGCUCAAUCGGUUGGUACGCUGUGAAGGAGGGUGGUCAGGGGUGUUAGCGAGCAGAGGAUCACUAGUUGCAGCCAGGUAUGGGACAGGAGGGUGGGUCAGGGGUGUUAGCGAGCAGAGGAUCACUAGUUGCAGCCAGGUAUGGGACAGGAGGGUGGUCAGGGGUGUUAGCGAGCAGAGGAUCACUAGUUGCAGCCAGGUAUGGGACAGGAGGGUGGUCAGGGGUGUUAGCGAGCAGAGGAUCACUAGUUGCAGCCAGGUAUGGGACAGGAGGGUGGGUCAGGGGUGUUAGCAGGCAGAGGAUCACUAGUUGCAGCCAGGUAUGGGACAGGAGGGUGGUCAGGGGUGUUAGCGAGCAGAGGAUCACUACUUGCAGCCAGGUAUGGGACAGGAGGGUGGUCAGGGGUGUUAGCGAGCAGAGGAUCACUAGUUGCAGCCAGGUAUGGGACAGGAGGGUGGUCAGGGGUGUUAGCGAGCAGAGGAUCACUAGUUGCAGCCAGGUAUGGAACAGGAGGGUGGUCAGGGGUGUUAGCGAGCAGAGGAUCACUAGUUGCAGCCAGGUUUGGGACAGGAGGGUGGGUCAGGGGUGUUAGCGAGCAGAGGAUCACUAGUUUGCAGCCAGGUAUGGGACAGGAGGGUGGGUCAGGGGUGUUAGCGAGCAGAGGAUCACUAGUUGCAGCCAGGUAUGGGACAGGAGGGUGGUCAGGGGGUGUUAGCGAGCAGAGGAUCACUAGUUGCAGCCAGGUAUGGGACAGGAGGGUGGGUCAGGGGUGUUAGCGAGCAGAGGAUCACUAGUUGCAGCCAGGUAUGGAACAGGAGGGUGGUCAGGGGUGUUAGCAGGCAGAGGAUCACUAGUUGCAGCCAGGUAUGGGACAGGAGGGUGGGUCAGGGGUGUUAGCGAGCAGAGGAUCACUAGUUGCAGCCAGGUAUGGGACAGGAGGGUGGUCAGGGGUGUUAGCGAGCAGAGGAUCACUAGUUGCAGCCAGGUAUGGGACAGGAGGGUGAUCAGGGGUGUUAGCGAGCAGAGGAUCACUAGUUGCAGCCAGGUAUGGGACAGGAGGGUGGUCAGGGGUGUUAGCAGGCAGAGGAUCACUAGUUGCAGCCAGGUAUGGGACAGGAGGGUGAUCAGGGGUGUUAGCGAGCAGAGGAUCACUAGUUGCAGCCAGGUAUGGGACAGGAGGGUGGUCAGGGGUGUUAGCGAGCAGAGGAUCACUAGUUGCAGCCAGGUAUGGGACAGGAGGGUGGGUCAGGGGUGUUAGCGAGCAGAGGAUCACUAGUUGCAGCCAGGUAUGGGACAGGAGGGUGGUCAGGGGUGUUAGCGAGCAGAGGAUCACUAGUUGCAGCCAGGUAUGGGACAGGAGGGUGGGUCAGGGGUGUUAGCGAGCAGAGGAUCACUAGUUGCAGCCAGGUAUGGGACAGGAGGGUGGUCAGGGGUGUUAGCGAGCAGAGGAUCACUAGUUGCAGCCAGGUAUGGGACAGGAGGGUGGUCAGGGGUGUUAGCGAGCAGAGGAUCACUAGUUGCAGCCAGGUAUGGGACAGGGACAGUGGAGGAAGCUACACUGUUUGCAUCACCCUGAUGUCGGUUUCACGUUCACGUGUGUGUGUGUGUGUGUGUGUGUGUGUGUGUGUGUGUGUGUGUGUGUGUGUGUGUGUGUGUGUGUGUGUGUGUGUGUGUGUGUGUGUGUGUGUGUGUGUGUGUGUGUGUGUGUGUGUCUGUGCAGGAGCAGUAUCUCAGGGAGCAGGAGAAACUGAAGGUAGUGUGGGAGAGAGCGCAGAGAGAGGUGGACGAGGAGGAACGGAGACACAAUGAAGAGGUAGCACACACAUUAGCCUUUAGCAUUAGCCCUGACACACACAUUAGCCUUUAGCAUUAGCCCUGACACACAAAUUAGCCUUUAGAAUUAGCCUUGACACACACAAAUUAGCCAUUAGCGUUAGCCCUGACACACACAUUAGCCUUUAGAAUUAGCCCUGACACACACAUUAGCCUUUAGAAUUAGCCCUGACACACACAUUAGCCUUUAGAAUUAGCCCUGACACACACAUUAGCCUUUAGAAUUAGCCCUGACACACACAUGAGCCUUUAGCAUUAGCGCUGAAACACACAUUAGCCUUUAGCAUUAGCGCUGACACACACAUUAGUCUUUAGCAUUAGCGCUGACACACAUAUUAGCCUUUAGCAUUAGCCCUGCCACACACAUUAGGCUUUAGUAAAAAAUAUAUAUAUAAUAUAUACAGUGGCUUGCGAAAGUUUUCACCUCCCUUGGCAUUUUUCCUAUUUUGUAUCUUUACAACCUGGAAUUAAAAUGGAUUUUUUUGGGGUUUGUAUCAUUAAGCUUGGCACAUCUAUCCACUAGGAUAUUUGCCCAUUCUUCAAGGCAAAACUGCUCCAGCUCCCUCAAGUUGGAUGGGUUCCACUGGUGUACAGCAAUCUUUAAGUCAUACCACAGAUUCUCAAUUGGAUUGAGGUCUGGGCUUUGACUAGGCCAUUCCAAGACAUUUAAAUGUUUCCCCUUAAACCACUCAAGUGUUGCUUUAGCAGUAUGCUUAGGGUCAUUGUCCUGCUGGAAGGUGAACCUCCGUCCCAUUCUCAAAUCUCUGGAAGACUGAAACAGGUUUCCCUCAAGAAUUUCCCUGUAUUUAGCGCCAUCCAUCAUUCCUUCAAUUCUGAGCAGUUUCCCAGUUCCCACCGAUAAAAACUAUCCCCACAGCAUGAUGCUGCCACCACCAUGCUUCACUGUGGGGAUGGUGUUCUCGGGGUGAUGAGAGGUGUUGGGUUUGCGCCAGACAUAGCGUUUUCCUUGAUGGCCAAAAAGCUCAAUUUUUGUCUCAUCUGACCAGAGUAUCUUCUUCCAUUUGUUUGGUGGUGCCCCUUGCUUAGUUGUGUUGCAGACUCUGGGGCCUUUCAGAACAGGUGUAUAUAUACUGAGAUCAUGUGACAGAUCAUGUGACACUUAGAUUGAACACAGGUGGGCUUUAUUUAACUGACUUCUGAAGGUAAUUGGUUGCACCAGAUCUUAUUUAGGGGCUUCAUAGCAAAGGGGGUGAAUACAUAUGCACGCACCACUUUUACAUUACAUUUUAGUCAUUUAGCAGACGCUCUUAUCCAGAGCGACUUACAGUUAGUGAGUGCAUACAUUUUCAUACUGGCCCCCCGUGGGAAACGAACCCACAACCCUGGUGUUGCAAGUGCCAUGCUCUACCAACUGAGCUACUGAACUUUUCCUUUAUUUAUUUUUUUUAAUAUAAAAAUCCAUUUAAAUUACAGGUUGUAAUGCAACAAAAUAGGAAAAACGCCAAGGGGGAUGAAUACUUUUGCAAGGCACUGUAUAUAUAUAGUACCAGUAAAACGUUUGGCCACACCUACUCAUUCAAGGGUUUUUCUUUAUUUUGACUAUUUUCUACGUUGUAGAAUAACUAUGAAAUAACAUAUAGGAAUCAUGUAGUAACCAAAAAAGUGUUAAACAAAUCAAAAUGUAUUUUAUAUUUGAGAUUUUUCAAAUAGCCACCCUUUGCCUUGAUGACAGCUUUGCACACUCUUGGCAUUCUCUCGACCAGCUUCACCUGGAAUGCUUUUCCAACAGUCUUGAAGGAGUUCCCACAUAUGCUGAGAACCUGUUGGCUGCUUUUCCUUCACUCCAACUCAACCCAAACCAUCUCAAUUGGGUUGAGGUCAGGUGAUUGUGGAGGCCAGGUCAUCUGAUGCAGCACUCCAUCACUCUCCUUCUUGGUCAAAUAGCCCUUACACAGCCUGGAGGUGUGUUUUGGGUCAUUGUCCUGUUGAAAAACAAAUGAUAGUCCCACUAAGCCCAAACCAGAUGGGAUGGUGUAUAACUGCAGAAUGCUGUGGUAACCAUGCUGGUUAAGUGUGCCUUGAAUUCUAAAUAAAUCACUGACAGUGUCACCAGCAAAGCAACAUCACACCAUAACACCUCCUCCUCCAUGCUUUACGGUGGGAACUACACAUGUGGAGAUCAUCCAUUCACCCACACCGCGUCUCACAAAGACACGGCAGUUGGAACCAAAAAUCUCAAAUUUGGACUCAUCAGUCCAAAGGACAGAUUUCCACCGGUCUAAUGUCCAUUGCUCGUGUUUCUUGGCCCAAGCAAGUCUCGUCUUCUUAUUGGUGUCCUUUAGUAGUGGUUUCUUUGCAGCAAUUCGACCAUGAAGGCCUGAUUCACACAGUCUCCUCUGAACAGUUGAUGUGGAGAUGUGUCUGUUACUUGAACUAUGUGAAGCAUUUAUUUGGGCUGCAAUCUGAGGUGCAGUUAACUCUAAUGAAUUUAUCCUCUGCAGCAGAGGUAACUCUGGGUCUUCCUUUCCUGUGGCGGUCCUCAUGAGAGCCAGUUUCAUCAUAGCGCUUGAUAAUGUUUGCGACUGCACUUGAAGAAACUUUCAAAGUUCUUGAAAUGUUCUGUAUUGACUGACCUUCAUGUCUUAAAGUAAUGAUGGACUGUCGUUUCUCUUUGCUUAUUUGAUCUGUUCUUGCCAUAAUAUGGACUUGGUCUUUUACCAAAUAGGGCUAUCUUCUGUAUACCACCCCUACCUUGUCACAACACAACUGAUUGGCUCAAACGCAUUAAGAAGGAAAGAAAUUCCACAACUUAACUUUUAAGAAGGCACACCUGUUAAUUUAAAUGCAUUCCAGGUGACUACCACUGUUGGAAAAGCAUUCCAGGUGAAGCUGGUUGAGAGAAUGCCAAGAGUGUGCAAAGCUGUCAUCAAGGCAAAGGGUGGCUAUUUGAAGAAUCUCAAAUAUAAAAUAUUUGUUUAACACUUUUUUGGUUACUACAUGAUUCCAUAUCUGUUAUGUCAUAGGUUUGAUGUCUUCAAUAUUAUCCUACAAUGUAGAAAAUAGUAAAAAAUAAAAAUAAAUAAUGGAAUGAGUAGGUGUGUCCAAACUUUUGACUGGCACUGUAUAUAUGGUUGUCCUUGUGUGGUUGUCCUAGUGUGGUUGUCCUAGCAUGGUUGUCCCACCUAGUGUGGUUGUCCUAGUGUGGUUGUCCCACCUAGUGUGGUUCUCCUAGUGUGGUUGUCCCACCUAGUGUGGUUGUCCUAGUGUGGUUGUCCUAGUGUGGUUGUCCUAGUGUGGUUGUCCUAGUGUGGUUGUCCCACCUAGUGUGGUUGUCCUAGUGUGGUUGUCCCACCUAGUGUGGUUGUCCCACCUAGUGUGGUUGUCCCACCUAGUGUGGUUGUCCCACCUAGUGUGGUUGUCCUAGUGUGGUUGUCCUAGUGUGGUUGUCCCACCUAGUGUGGUUGUCCUAGUGUGGUUGUCCAACCUAGUGUGGUUGUCCUAGUGUGGUUGUCCUAGUGUGGUUGUCCCACCUAGUGUGGUUGUCCCUCCUAGUGUGGUUCUCCUAGUGUGGUUGUCCUAGUGUGGUUCUCCUAGUGUGGUUGUCCCACCUAGUGCGGUUGUCCCACCUAGUGUGGUUGUCCCACCUAGUGUGGUUGUCCUAGUGUGGUUGUCCUAGUGUGGUUGUCCUAGUGUGGUUGUCCUAGUGUGGAUGUCCCACCUAGUGUGGUUGUCCUAGUGUGGUUGUCCUAGUGUGGUUGUCCCACCUAGUGUGGUUGUCCUAGUGUGGUUGUCCAACCUAGUGUGGUUGUCCUAGUGUGGUUGUCCCACCUAGUGUGGUUGUCCUAGUGUGGUUGUCCAACCUAGUGUGGUUGUCCCACCUAGUGUGGUUGUCCCACCAAGUGUGGUUGUCCUAGUGUGGUUGUCCAACCUAGUGUGGUUGUCCCACCUAGUGUGGUUGUCCCACCAAGUGUGGUUGUCCCACCUAGUGUGGUUGUCCUAGUGUGGUUGUCCCACCAAGUGUGGUUGUCCCACCUAGUGUGGUUGUCCUAGUGUGGUUGUCCUACCUAGUGUGGUUGUCCUAGUGUGGAUGUCCCACCUAGUGUGGUUGUCCUAGUGUGGUUGUCCUAGUGUGGUUGUCCCACCUAGUGUGGUUGUCCUAGUGUGGUUGUCCCACCAAGUGUGGUUGUCCCACCUAGUGUGGUUCUCCUAGUGUGGUUGUCCUACCUAGUGUGGUUGUCCUAGUGUGGAUGUCCCACCUAGUGUGGUUGUCCUAGUGUGGUUGUCCUAGUGUGGUUGUCCCACCAAGUGUGGUUGUCCCACCUAGUGUGGUUGUCCUAGUGUGGUUGUCCCACCUAGUGUGGUUGUCCUAGUGUGGUUGUCCCACCUAGUGUGGUUGUCCUAGUGUGGUUGUCCUAGUGUGGUUGUCCUAGUGUGGUUGUCCCACCUAGUGUGGUUGUCCUAGUGUGGUUGUCCAACCUAGUGUGGUUGUCCCACCUAGUGUGGUUGUCCUAGUGUGGUUGUCCUAGUGUGGUUGUCCCACCUAGUGUGGUUGUCCUAGUGUGGUUGUCCAACCGAGUGUGGUUGUCCCACCUAGUGUGGUUGUCCUAGUGUGGUUGUCCUAGUGUGGAUGUCCCACCUAGUGUGGUUGUCCUAGUGUGGUUGUCCUAGCAUGGUUGUCCCACCUAGUGUGGUUGUCCUAGUGUGGUUGUCCCACCUAGUGUGGUUGUCCUAGUGUGGUUGUCCUAGUGUGGUUGUCCCACCUAGUGUGGUUGUCCUAGUGUGGUUGUCCCACCUAGUGUGGUUGUCCUAGUGUGGUUGUCCCACCUAGUGUGGUUGUCCCACCAAGUGUGGUUGUCCCACCUAGUGUGGUUCUCCUAGUGUGGUUGUCCCACAUAGUGUGGUUGUCCUAGUGUGGUUGUCCAACCUAGUGUGGUUGUCCCACCUAGUGUGGUUGUCCCACCAAGUGUGGUUGUCCCACCUAGUGUGGUUGUCCCACCAAGUGUGGUUGUCCUAGUGUGGUUGUCCUAGUGUGGUUGUCCUAGUGUGGUUGUCCCACCUAGUGUGGUGGUUUUAGUGUGGUUGUCCCACCUAGUGUGGUUGUCCUAGUGUGGUUGUCCUAGUGUGGUUGUCCUAGUGUGGUUGUCCCACCUAGUGUGGUGGUUUUAAUGUGGUUGUCCCACCUAGUGUGGUUGUCCUAGUGUGGUUGUCACACCUAGUGUGGUUGUCAUAGUGUGGUUGCUGUAGUGUGGUUGUCCCACCUAGUGUGGUUGUCCCACCUAGUGCGGUUGUCCCACCUAGUGUGGUUGUCCUAGUGUGGUUGUCCUGGUGUAGUUGUCCCACCUAGUGCGGUUGACCCACCUAGUGUAGUUGUCCUAGUGUGGUUGUCUUAGUGCGGUUGUCCCACCUAGUGCGGUUGACCCACCUAGUGUAGUUGUUCUAGUGUGGUUGUCCUAGUGUGGUUGUCUUAGUGUGGUUGUCCCACCUAGUGUGGUUGUCCUAGUGUGGUUGUCCUAGUGUGGUUGUCCCACCUAGUGUGGUUGUCCCACCUAGUGUGGUUGUCCUAGUGUGGUUGUCCCACCUAGUGCGGUUGUUCCACCUAGUGCAGUUGUCCUAGUGUGGUUGUCCUAGUGUGGUUGUCCCACCUAGUGUGGUUGUCCUAAUGUGGUUGUCCCACCUAGUGUGGUUGUCCUAGUGUGGUUGUCCCACCUAGUGUGGUUGUCCCACCUAGUGUGGUUGUCCAACCUAGUGUGGUUGUCCUAGUGUGGUUGUUCUAGAGUGGUUGUCCCACCUAGUGUGGUUGUCCCACCUAGUGUGGUUGUCCCACCUAGUGUGGUUGUCCCACCUAGUGUGGUUGUCCCACCUAGUGUGGUUGUCCCACCUAGUGUGGUUAUUCUAGUGUGGUUGUCCCUCCUAGUGUGGUUGUCCCACCUAGUGUGGUUGUCUUAGUGCGGUUGUCCCACCUAGUGCGGUAGUCCCACCUAGUGUGGUUGUCCCACCUAGUGUGGUUGUCCUAUAGUGGUUGUCCGAUCUAGUGUGGUUGUCCUAGUGUGGUUUUCACAUUUAGUGUGGUUGUCCUAGUGUGGUUGUCUCACCUAGUGUGGUUGUCCCACCUAGUGUGGUUGUCCCACCUAGUGUGGUUGUCCCACCUAGCUAUCUUCAGAUGAAUACGCUAACUGAAAAACAUGAAAUGAGUCCUCUAUUAUUCGUAAUUAUUAGCAUUAGCAUUAGCGUUAGCCUUGUUCUGUGUGUGUUUCCAGGAGAAGAGGAUCCUGGAGGAGACGGCAACGGCCCUUUCUCAUUUCCCUCCCAUAGAGCUCCCUGUUCAGACAGAAGUCAUCGUUCCGGCACAACAGAUCUGUAAGACAGAAGCAAUCGCUCAUCAGAACGGCCAGGAUCAGCAUGCCGUAUCCCAACUACAGUUUAUACAGGGUUAGCACCAGUGUUGGGGAGUAGUGAACUACAUGUAGUUCAACUACUAAUUUAACUACAUUUUACAGUAGCUUGGUGGUAGUUGAACUAAAUUCAAAUAUUGGUAGUGUUUUCAGAAGUUCAUUACUUUUUUACCAUGUAGCGGUGUAGCUAACUACUGGAACUACGUACUACUGUUUUACCAUGUAGCGGUGUAGCUAACUACUGGAACUACACUACUGUUUUACCAUGUAGCGGUGUAGCUAACUACUGGAACUACACCUACUGUUUUACCAUGUAGCGGUGUAGCUAACUACUGGAACUACACACUACUGUUUUACCAUGUAGCGGUGUAGCUAACUACUGGAACUACGUACUACUGUUUUACCAUGUAGCGGUGUAGCUAACUACUGGAACUACGUACUAAUGUUUUACCAUGUAGCGGUGUAGCUAACUACUGGAACUACGUACUACUGUUUUAAACCAUGUAGCGGUGUAGCUAACUACUGGAACUACGUACUACUGUUUUAUUACCAUGUAGCGGUGUAGCUAACUACUGGAACUACACACUACUGUUUUACCAUGUAGCGGUGUAGCUAACUACUGGAACUACACACUACUGUUUUAACAUGUAGCGGUGUAGCUAACUACUGGAACUACACACUACUGUUUUACCAUGUAGCGGUGGCAAAGACGCAGGCCUCCUAAUUGUCCCUAGAAUUUCUAAGCAAACAGCGGGAGGCAGGGCUUUCUCCUAUAGAUCUCCAUUUUUAUGGAACAGUCUGCCUACCCAUGUGAGAGACGCAGACUCGGUCUCAACCUUUAAGUCUUUACUGAAGACUUAUCUCUUCAGUAGGUCAUAUGAUUGAGUGUAGUCUGGCCCAGGAGUGUGAAGGUGAACGGAAAGGCUGGAGCAACGAACAGCCCUUGCUGUCUCUGCCAGGCCGGUUCCCCUCUCCACUGGGGUUCUCUGCCUCUAACCCUGUUGCAGGGGCUGAGUCACUGGCUUGCUGGUGCUCUUUCAUGCCGUCCCUGGGAGGGGUGCGUCACUUGAGUGGGUUGAGUUACUGACGUGAUCUUCCUGUCUGGGUUGGCGCCCCCCCCCUUGGUUUGUGCUGUGGUGGAGACCUCUGUGGGCUAUACUCGGCCUUGUCUCAGGAUUGUAAGUUGGUGGUUGGGGAUAUCCCUCUAGUGGUGCGGGGGCUGUGCUUUGGCGGAGUGGGUGGGGUUAUAUCCUUCCUGUUUGGCCCUGUCCGGGGGUUUCUUCGGAUGGGGCCACAGUGUCUCCGGACCGCUCCUGUCUCAGCCUCCAGUAUUUAUGCUGCAGUAGUUUAUGUGUCGGGGGGCUGGGGUCAGUUGGUUAUACCUGGAGUACUUCUCCUGUCUUAUCCAGUGUCCUGUGUGAAUUUAAGUAUGCUCUCUCUAAUUCUCUCGUUCUCUCUUUCUCUCUGAGAACCUGAGCCCUAGGACCAUACGUCAGGACUACCGGGCAUGAUGACACCUUGCUGUCCCCAGUCCGCCUGGCCUUGCUGCUAUUCCAGUUUCAACUGUUCUGCCUGCGGCUACGAAACCCCUACCUGUCCCAGACCUGCUGUUUUCAACUCUUAAUGAUCGGCUAUGAAAAGCCAACUGAGAGGCCUGAGCCCUAGGACCAUACGUCGGGACUACCGGCCGUGGUGACUCCUUGCUGUCCCCAGUCCGCCUGGCCUUGCUGCUAUUCCAGUUUCAACUGUUCUGCCUGCGGUUAUGGAACCCCUACCUGUCCCAGACCUGCUGUUUUCAACUCUUAAUGAUCGGCUAUGAAAAGCCAACUGAGAUUUAUUCCUGAUUAUUAUUUGACCAUGCUUGUCACUUAUGAACAUUUUUGAACAUCUUGGCAUGGUUCUGUUAUAAUCUCCACCCGGCACAGCCAGAAGAGGACUGGCCACCCCUCAUAGCCUGGUUCCUCUCUAGGUUUCUUCCUAGGUUUUGCCUUUCUAGGGAGUUUUUCCUAGCCACCGUGCUUCUACACCUGCAUUACUAGCUGUUUGGGGUUUUAGGCUGGGUUUCUGUACAGCACUUCGAGAUAUUAGCUGAUGUAAGAAGGGCUAUAUAAAAUAAAAUUGAUUGAAAAUUGAUUGAUUGCAGCUAACUACUGGUACUACGUACUACUGUUUUACCAUGUAGUGGUGUAGCUAACUACUGGAACUACACACUACUGUUUUACCAUGUAGCGGUGUAGCUAACUACUGGAACUACGUACUACUGUUUUACCAUGUAGCGGUGUAGCUAACUACUGGAACUACACACUACUGUUUUACCAUGUAGCGGUGUAGCUAACUACUGGAACUACACACUACUGUUUUACCAUGUAGCGGUGUAGCUAACUACUGGAACUACACACUACUGUUUUACCAUGUAGCGGUGUAGCUAACUACUGGAACUACACACUACUGUUUUACCAUGUAGCGGUGUAGCUAACUACUGGAACUACACACUACUGUUUUACCAUGUAGCGGUGUAGCUAACUACUGGAACUACACACUACUGUUUUACCAUGUAGCGGUGUAGCUAACUACUGGAACUAAACACUACUGUUUUACCAUGUAGCGGUGUAGCUAACUACUGUAAUUAUGUAUUACUGUUUUUGCUCAAAUCAAAUAUGGGUGAAGUAGCAGGAAUGUUCUUUGUUUUCCUCACCAGACCUGCCUGAUUCUCACUGGUUGUGUUGAAUAGCCUAAUUACACAUUCUGUUAACAUCUGACUACACAGUGGUCUGUUCUUCCAGUGUGAAGUCUGACAUUUCAUGAUAUAGAUAUAUUUUUUAGUAGUAGUUUGGAAGCAGUGAACUAUUUUCUCGAAGUAAUUUUAGUUAAGUAAACUAUGUUUUUCUUAAGGGUAGCUUUAGUGUAGCUUAACUUCUUCCAAUGUGAAGUAAUUGGUAGCUUGGUGAACUAUAUUUUCAGAGUAUCUUCCCCAACACUGGUUAGCACACACACAGUCACACACACACACACACGCAUAUGCACACACACAGACGUGCCCUUACACACAAACAUACUCACACACACAGGAAGGAAGGAAGGUUAGUGAUGUAACCAUGGUAACUAGUGUUGUGUUGUGACAGAUGCAUCAUGGGACUGUGAGUCCUCCAGGGGUCAGGAGACGUCUCUGGACCGCAACCAGCCCAGCGUCGUCAAGAGGUGUGUUUUGUGAUAUGUCUGUGUAUGAUAAGUAGCUCUGCUGUAGUCAGUGUUUAUGAUAAGUAGCUCUGCUGUAGUCAGUGUGUAUGAUAAGUAGCUCUGCUGUAGUCAGUGUUUAUGAUAAGUAGCUCUGCUGUAGUCAGUGUGUAUGAUAAGUAGCUCUGCUGUAGUCAGUGUGUAUGAUAAGUAGCUCUGCUGUAGUCAGUGUGUAUGAUAAGUAGCUCUGCUGUAGUCAGUGUUUAUGAUAAGUAGCUCUGCUGUAGUCAGUGUGUAUGAUAAGUAGCUCUGCUGUAGUCAGUGUGUAUGAUAAGUAGCUCUGCUGUAGUCAGUGUGUAUGAUAAGUAGCUCUGCUGUAGUCAGUGUGUAUGAUAAGUAGCUCUGCUGUAGUCAGUGUGUAUGAUAAGUAGCUCUGCUGUAGUCAGUGUGUAUGAUAAGUAGCUCUGCUGUAGUCAGUGUAUAUGAUAAGUAGCUCUGCUGUAGUCAGUGUAUAUGAUAAGUAGCUCUGCUGUAGUCAGUGUGUAUGAUAAGUAGCUCUGCUGUAAUCAGUGUGUAUGAUAAGUAGCUCUGCUGUAGUCAGUGUUUAUGAUAAGUAGCUCUGCUGUAGUCAGUGUGUGUGUGUGUGUGUGUGUGUGUGUGUGUGUGUGUGUGUGUGUGUGUGUGUGUGUGUGUGUGUGUGUGUGUGUGUGUGUGUGUGUGUGUGUGUGUGUGUGUGUGUGUGUGUGUGUGUGUUGGUCACCAGGUCAGGAUCAUAUGACGGACCACAUCCACCUUCAUCAUCAACAUCAUCACCUCAACCCCCCUCACCCAGCAGGUAAAGACAGACGUAUGAGGGGUGAUGUGGGACUAAAUGAACUAACCCCGUUGCUGAUACAUCUCACCUUAAUGUGAAACUGAGCUCCUAACAUGGAGUAUGAGGGGUGAUGUGGGACUAAAUGAACUAACCCCGCUGCUGAUACGUCUCACCUUAAUGUGAAACUGAGCUCCUAACAUGGAGUAUGAGGGGUGAUGUGGGACUAAAUGAACUAACCCCGUUGCUGAUACAUCUCACCUUAAUGUGAAACUGAGCUCCUAACAUGGACUGUGAAUGGACAACGUUUCUUCUUAUUGACACGUUCACACGCCUUGUUGAAUGAGUGAACGUGUCAACGUUAAGCUAGGUUUGCCUCCGCCUUGUUGAAUGAGUGAACGUGUCAACGUUAAGCUAGGUUUGCCUCCGCCUUGUUGAAUGAGUGAACGUGUCAACGUUAAGCUAGGUUUGCCUCCGCCUUGUUGAAUGAGUGAACGUGUCAACGUUAAGCGAGGUUUGCCUCCGCCUUGUUGAAUGGUGAACGUGUCAACGUUAAGCUAGGUUUGCCUCCGCCUUGUUGAAUGAGUGAACGUGUCAACGUUAAGCUAGGUUUGCCUCCGCCUUGUUGAAUGGUGAACGUGUCAACGUUAAGCUAGGUUUGCCUCCGCCUUGUAUUUUUAAUGUACCAGUUAUCAGGGGCGCCGCCCAUGUGUGAAAAAUACUAUGAGAAACAGUGACAUACCCUCUGAAUGAUGAAUCCCAUAUUGGUGUUCCGCAGUCAGGCCAACCCAAGCUGGACUGGGCAGGAGGCUGACAGCAGGACUACUGAUGAAUCCCAUAUUGGUGUUCUGCAGUCAGGCCAACCCAAGCUGGACUGGGCAGGAGGCUGACAGCAGGACUACUGAUGAAUCCCAUAUUGGUGUUCCGCAGUCAGGCCAACCCAAGCUGGACUGGGCAGGAGGCUGACAGCAGGACUACUGAUGAAUCCCAUAUUGGUGUUCCGCAGUCAGGCCAACCCAAGCUGGACUGGGCAGGAGGCUGACAGCAGGACUACUGAUGAAUCCCAUAUUGGUGUUUCACAGUCAGGCCAACCCAAGCUGGACUGGGCAGGAGGCUGACAGCAGGACUACUGAUGAAUCCCAUAUUGGUGUUCUGCAGUCAGGCCAACCCAAGCUGGACUGGGCAGGAGGCUGACAGCAGGACUACUGAUGAAUCCCAUAUUGGUGUUCCGCAGUCAGGCCAACCCAAGCUGGACUGGGCAGGAGGCUGACAGCAGGACUACUGAUGAAUCCCAUAUUGGUGUUCCGCAGUCAGGCCAACCCAAGCUGGACUGGGCAGGAGGCUGACAGCAGGACUACUGAUGAAUCCCAUAUUGGUGUUCCACAGUCAGGCCAACCCAAGCUGGACUGGGCAGGAGGCUGACAGCAGGACUACUGAUGAAUCCCAUAUUGGUGUUCCCAGUCAGGCCAACCCAAGCUGGACUGGGCAGGAGGCUGACAGCAGGACUACUGAUGAAUCCCCAUAUUGGUGUUCACAGUCAGGCCAACCCCAAUGCUGGACUGGGCAGGAGGCUGACAGCAAGGACUAUGAUGAAUCCCAUAUUGUGUUUCACAGUAGGCCAACCCAAGCUGGACUGGGCAGGAGGCUGACAGCAGGACUACUGAUGAAUCCCAUAUUGGUGUUCCACAGUCAGGCCAACCCAAGCUGGACUGGGCAGGAGGCUGACAGCAGGACUACUGAUGAAUCCCAUAUUGGUGUUCCGCAGUCAGGCCAACCCAAGCUGGACUGGGCAGGAGGCUGACAGCAGGACUACUGUUGAAACAGAUACAGUGGGGAAUUUUUUUUUUUUGUCAGCCACCAAUUAUGCAAGUUCUCCCACUUAAAAAGAUGAGAGAGGCCUGUAAUUUUCAUCAUAGGUACACGUCAACUAUGACAGACAAAUUGAGAAUUUUUUUUUCCAGAAAAUCACAUUCUAGGAUUUUUAAUGAAUUUAUUUGCAAAUUAUGGUGGAAAAUAAGUAUUUGGUCACCUACAAACAAGGAAGAUUUCUGGCUCUCACAGACCUGUAACUUCUUCUUUAAGAGGCUCCUCUGUCCUCCACUCGUUACCUGUAUGAAUGGCACCUGUUUGAACUUGUUAUCAGUAUAAAAGACACCUGUCCACAACCUCAAACAGUCACACUCCAAACUCCACUAUGGCCAAGACCAAAGAGCUGUCAAAGGACACCAGAAACAAAAUUGUAGACCUGCACCAGGCUGGGAAGACUGAAUCUGCAAUAGGUAAGCAGCUUGGUUUGAAGAAAUCAACUGUGGGAGCAAUUAUUAGGAAAUGGAAGACAUACAAGACCACUGAUAAUCUCCCUCGAUCUGGGGCUCCACGCAAGAUCUCACCCCGUGGGGUCAAAAUGAUCACAAGAACGGUGAGCAAAAAUCCCAGAACCACACGGGGGGACCUAGUGAAUGACCUGCAGAGAGCUGGGACCAAAGUAACAAAGCCUACCAUGAGUAACACACUACGCCGCCAGGGACUCAAAUCCUGCAGUGCCAGACGUGUCCCUCUGCUUAAGCCAGUACAUGUCCAGGCCCGUCUGUAGUUUGCUAGAGUGCAUUUGGAUGAUCCAGAAGAGGAUUGGGAGAAUGUCAUAUGGUCAGAUGAAACCAAAAUAUAACUUUUUGGUAAAAACUCAACUCGUCGUGUUUGGAUGACAAAGAAUGCUGAGUUGCAUCCAAAGAACACCAUACCUACUGUGAAGCAUGGGGGUGGAAACAUCAUGCUUUGGGGCUGUUUUUCUGCAAAGGGACCAGGACGACUGAUCCGUGUAAAGGAAAGAAUGAAUGGGGCCAUGUAUCGUGAGAUUUAGAGUGAAAACCUCCAAGGGCAUUGAAGAUGAAACGUGGCUGGGUCUUUCAGCAUGAUAAUGAUCCCAAACACAACGCCCGGGCAACGAAGGAGUGGCUUCGUAAGAAGCAUUUCAAGGUCCUGGAGUGGCCUAGCCAGUCUCCAGAUCUCAACCCCAUAGAAAAUCUUUGGAGGGAGUUGAAAGUCCGUGUUGCCCAGCGACAGCCCCAAAACAUCACUGCUCUAGAGGAGAUCUGCAUGGAGGAAUGGGCCAAAAUACCAGCAACAGUGUGUGAAAACCUUGUGAAGACUUAAAGAAAACGUUUGACCUGUGUCAUUGCCAACAAAGGGUAUAUAACAAAGUAUUGAGAAACUUUUGUUAUUGACCAAAUACUUAUUUUCCACCAUCAUUUGCAAAUAAAUUCAUAAAAAAUCCUACAAUGUGAUUUUCUGGAAAAAAAAUUCUCAUUUUGUCUGUCAUAGUUGACGUGUACCUAUGAUGAAAAUUACAGGUCUCUCUCAUCUUUUUAAGUGGGAGAACUUGCACAAUUGGUGGCUGACUAAAUACUUUUUUUCCCCACUGUACACUGAGUCAGAAAUUCACAGCUUUCAGAUUCUUUUCAGGUUUUCAUUCUCAAAGACACACUUUUUUUUUUAUCUACAGAAAAACAACAACAUUAUAUAUAUAUACAUAUUAUGUUAUGGGAUAUUCUAUGUCCAUCAAAAUGCUUAAACCACAUCAGGAGACCCCUUUUGAGGUCUGGGAAAAAUCUAAGAAAUGUUAAGAGUAGUUACCCUUUAAUUCAAGUGUACAGGCACCUAGCACUGUUGUCUGAUUAGCUGUGUUUCUGUAGCACACGAGAUGGAGUUGGCAAAAUAAAAACGGCCACCCGAUUGGUGCAAAUAAUCCUCAUGAUAUCGUUCUGUCAGGUAGACAUGGGCUACUUUGUAGUUAACAUUUAAUAGAGAAGGUUUCUGGGGAAAGCCUUAUAUACAGCAUAUACCUCCACCACACUACCGUGAUUAAACAUUCUGAUCUGUUCCACCAGCCUUAUAUACAGCAUAUACCUCCACCACACUACCGUGAUACGUAUCAGUGGGGGUUCAGAAGUGAGUAUAGACAACGGCCACUGAAAGAUAAGAGUGGUUAUAUGGCUUAUAGCUGGUGUACCCUCCACUACACCCCUGGGGUUGGUCAUAGUAGAGGUCAUGACCCGGUUAUCAGGGUUGAUCAUAGUAGAGGUCAUGUCCCAGUUAUCAGGGUUGGUCAUAGUAGAGGUCAUGUCCCAGUUAUCAGGGUUGGUCAUAGUAGAGGUCAUGACCCGGUUAUCAGGGUUGAUCAUAGUAGAGGUCAUGUCCCAGUUAUCAGGGUUGAUCCCCCCACUGAUGAAGAGACCAACAGUCACAUAGCGUGAGUUCUUGGACUGGUAGGAUGGAGCAGAUAUCAUUACGCCCCAGUCAAGACCACUGGAAAACUAAAUGAAAGACUAUGUGGCAGUCAAACUGGACCCCAGUCUAACAAGCAGACCAGCGCUGUUCUGUUGUGGUGGCAGGCACAGAGAUUUCAGUUCCCUGCGGUCAGCAACCUCGCAUGCCACGUCCUCAGCAUCCUGGCUUCCAGUGCCCCCUCCGAGCGGGCGUUCAGGCUUCCAGUGCCCCCUCCGAGCGGGCGUUCAGUGUGUGUGUGGCCCCCUCCGAGCGGGCGUUCAGUGUGUGUCACGUUCUCAGCAUCCUGGCUUCCAGUGCCCCCUCCGAGCGGGCGUUCAGGCUUCCAGUGCCCCCUCCGAGCGGGCGUUCAGUGUGUGUGUGGCCCCCUCCGAGCGGGCGUUCAGUGUGUGUGUGGCCCCCUCCGAGCGGGCGUUCAGUGUGUGUCACGUUCUCAGCAUCCUGGCUUCCAGUGCCCCCUCCGAGCGGGCGUUCAGUGUGUGUCACGUCCUCAGCAUCCUGGCUUCCAGUGCCCCCUCCGAGCAGGCGUUCAGUGUGUGUCACGUCCUCAGCAUCCUGGCUUCCAGUGCCCCCUCCGAGCGGGCGUUCAGGCUUCUAGUGCCCCCUCCGAGCGGGCGUUCAGGCUUCCAGUGCCCCCUCCGAGUGGGCGUUCAGGCUUCCAGUGCCCCCUCCGUGCGGGCGUUCAGUGUGUGUCACGUACUCAGCAUCCUGGCUUCCAGUGCCCCCUCCGAGCGGGCGUUCAGGCUUCCAGUGCCCCCUCCGAGCGGGCGUUUAUUUGAGAUUAACUGUUUUAUUGAGAGUUUGUAUUCAAUUUUUGUCUCAAUGACACCAACCUGUUUAAGUAAAGGUGAAAUACCUGUUUAAAUCAAAGUAAUUAACCUGGUUAAAUAUAAAUGAAGCUUAAAUGAAAUUAUAUGAAUGGUCUCUGUGUGCAGCAACAUGCACUUUCAUUAUUAUGGCUUUUAGUUCUAUAAUUUGUUGUUUUACUAUAGUGGGGAAUUAACUAAAUUAAUUUUAAAAAUCCCCCCAAAAUGUUAAAUACCUUUAUUCUGUGUAUCCAUGCGUUUAUACUGAACAAAAAUAUAAACCUAACAUGUAAAGUGUUGGACCCAUGUUUCAUGAGCUGAAAUAAAAGAUCCCCAACAUUUUCCAUUCGCACAAAAAGUAUAUUUCUCUCAAAUGUUGUGCACAAAUUUGCUUACAUCCCUGUUAGUGAGCAUUUCUCCUUUGCCGAGAUAAUCCAUCCACCUGACAGGUGUGGCAUAUCAAGAAGCUGAUUUAACGGCAUGAUCAUUACACAGGUGCACCUCGUGCUGGGGACAAUAAAAGGCCACUCUAACAUGUGGGAGAAGCCGACACAUACAGUCUAACCUGUGUUAUUUGAGCACUUGGCCAAAUUGAUAACACAACAGUCUCAUCACAAUGCAACAGCAUAAAUGAAUGAAUUUACUUUAGGAAACGUUCUGAAUGGACAUUGAGUGAAUUAGCGAACUCACACCCGUCAAAAAAGAGCCAAACGGUAAGAAUUCCAGCUGGCUAGACAGCGGCACCAUGGAGUUAAACCCCUGAAAACUGGGACAUGAAAAACACAAGCUGGAGGCAGUUCUAGCCUAAAUAAGUUUUCAUUUCUGGUCCCGUAGUUUAAGGGGAAGUCAUCAGGAAGGUGAUGAAGUCCAGGUGUGCCUAAUGAGGCACAGGUGUGCGUAAUUAAGGUUGCCAGGUGUACGUAAUGAAGUUUGCCAGGUGUACGUAAUGAAGGUUGCCAGGUGUGCGUAAUGAAGGUUGCCAGGUGUGCGUAAUGAAGGUUGCCAGGUGUGCGUAAUGAAGGUU